AUGACUUUGGAGUACCAAAUGUUUCAGAAUAUACAUCCUGGCAGACUGUGGCUGCUUCAACCACUGACAAUUUUGCUGCUGCUGGCUUCUGAUAGGCGAGCUGCUGCUCUCCCGAAGGCUGUGGUGAAACUCGAGCCCCCGUGGACCCAUGUGCUGCAGGAGGACUAUGUGACUCUGAGGUGCCAGGGGGCCCACACCCCUGGGAACAACUCCGCCCAGUGGUUCCACAAUGGGAGCUCCAUCCCCACCCAGGUCCAGGCCAGCUACAGAUUUAAGGCCAAGAGAGAUGACAGCGGGGAGUACAGGUGCCAGACAGGCCAGACCAGCCUCAGCGACCCUGUGUAUCUGGGCGUGCUUUCCGACUGGCUGCUGCUCCAGACUCCUCAUCUGGUGCUCCAGGAGGGGGAAACCAUCAUGCUGAGGUGCCACAGUUGGAAAAACAUGCCUCUCUACAAGAUCAAUUUCUACCACAAUGGAAAAUCCAUAACGUUUUCCCAUUACAAUUACAACUUCUCCAUCCCACAAGCAACCCACACUCAGAGUGGUAAUUACUACUGCAAAGGCCUUAUAGGAAGGUCAGAGCACUCAUCACAGUCUGUGACCAUCACUGUCCGAGGUCCAGAAAUUCUAUCCAUCUCUCUACCUUGGUACCAAAUCACUUUCUGCCUGGUGAUAGGACUCCUGUUUGCAGUGGACACAGGGCUGUACUUCUCUGUGAAGAGACAACUUCAAAGCUCAAUGGGGGACCAGAAGAAUCACAAACUCCAAUGGAUCCAAGGACCAUAGGACAAAUGUCUCUGCAUACCAUGGCAUAACAGCAGUGGCAAAAUACAGCUGAUCUCUCUAGCAGCAAAUUCUGCCAGAUCUUCCUCACUGGUACAGUGGGAGAAGAUUGACCAAGAAACCCGGUCCAGGAGCCGGACUGACCUCUGCAUCCUGAUUGAAAGGACGAGUCGACACCAUAACAUGCUUUCGGCUUUCCCGAGCCGCUGGACUCAGCUCGGCUCUCUAAGGCAGUCUGUCCGCAGGCCUGUGCGCCUCGAGCCCAUCGAAAACGUGUGCUCUAGGGAAGUUACUGCCUUCACUGGCUUCGGCCACGACCGAGCGCCCUUAGAACCAGCCGGAAGACGCUGGAACUUUCUCCGCGUUUCUUUUCAGCACCUCUGA